CCCACGCACAAACAUCCCCCCUCCCCCGCUUCUCCUCCCUCUCCCCCUCUUCCCCUCAACAGGGGCCUGUCCUUUCCUUGCUUUCUUCUCCCCUCCCCCCCCCCUUCUUGCAACACGUUUGGGAAGCAUGGCAGCCCCCCCGGCCCGGCACCUGGACUUUGGCACCCUGGCCAGGCAGGGCCGCGCAGUGGAUGACGGCUUGGUCCGGCUGCAGCGCCUGCUGGCAUCGGCCGGUGAUCCGGGCCUGGCAUCGGCUCUCAGCUCCUCCUUCAUGCCGACCGACCACGCUGAUGCCGAACACCCGACGACACCGGCCACCGUGGCCACCGUGGCCACCGGCGAUCCGGCGGCCGCUGUGCGCCAAGUGGCCGAGCACCUGGAACGCUCGGGCAAUGAAAUGGCCAGCGAGCUGGGCCUGGCCCGACAGGCACUCGCCCGGGCGCAGCUUCGUGAUCCCUUCCGGGCCGCAUGCGACUUGAGCCGGGAACUGGCCGGCUGGAUGCGUACUUGUGAGCAGCGUGUGGUCGCUUUCGGCUUUGAGGCGAUCGAACUGCCGGAAGUCCUAUUUGUGGACCCCCUCACGUAUGGUGCUGCCAACCGGGCGCAUGCCUCCAAGAUGGCACAGCCACAUGCGGAGCCCGGGCUCUCCGCCACCGGGCCAGCCUCGGACUUGAGCCGGUCGCAGCUCGCAUCCAGCCACCAUGGGCUGACGGCUUUCAAUCGGUCGCAGCUGAGCACCAGCCAGGGCCCCGGCUCCUUGGGGCCCAAUUCGCACCUGAGCUCCAGCCAGCAUGUGGCCCAGGAUCCCGAUCGGUCGCACCUGGGCACCAGUCAGUAUGGCGGCUCGGGGCUUUCUUCCCAUCCACCAGCGAUGGCCAGUCAGUCGCAUGCGGCCGCGGUGCUCGGGCGCUCGCAGCUCGGCACCAGUCACGGCCCCUCGGCAUCGGCGCACUCCCACAUGGCGGCCAGUCGCCAGCAUGAUGUCGCGGACCUUUCGCGCUCGCACCAGGGCCCAAGCCAAUGUGGCAGUUCGACCCGCGGGCGGUCGCACGCCGCUGGCCAGGCCACUCUCAAGUGCGAGCCCCAUGCCACCGAGGGCCCGAGCUUCCAAAUGCCCUCGGAAUUCCUUUCCCGAUCGCUCAACGGCCCGGAGCAGCCAAGCCUGGCCCCGGCACAUGCCGCCACUCCGCGCAGUCAGUCCUUCCUGGCGGCCUCCGGCAGCAUUCAUCGGCCCACUCCGGGGCCCGGGCCCUCGCGUCCGGGUGAGCGCCCUUCACUGACGCUGGCCGACCUGGCCGGGCCCUCGCCCCCGCCCGCCGGGGCCGAAGAGGAAGCCGCGGAGGAGGCUCGCGCCGGUGCUCCGGGGUCCGACAGCCUGCGCAAGGUUGAUCGCCCCUCCUUUUCGCAGUCCAUGCGUGCUGGCAAGGCCUCCGCGUCGGCCGCCGAUUCCCGAGACAGGGGCCUCCAUGCCUCGGUAGGGUCUCUCUCCCGGUCCCUCGGUCUGAGCGGUGGUCCAGAUGACCACCGGCCACGGCACGCUGACGCGUCGACCGUUAGCCGGCCCCCUGCGCUGCCUGUGCGGCCCCCGGCUCCGGGCCCCUCUCGGCCGGUCACUGCUCCGAGCAUUCUGCUGGAGUCCCUGCCAGCCAGCCUGGUGUCCUCCCUCUCGCAGGUGGCACUGGCGGCCUUGCUGGACAACUCGACGCACGAGCUGGGCCGGUCCUUCGGCCAGGCGUCAUCCAGCCGCCGGGCGUCGUUGGUGUCGGACUCGGGGUCCGGGCUGCCGGUCGUAGCCACUUCGAAUUCGGCAGCUGAGGCGGCGAUCGCAGUUGCCCCCUCGCCGGCACCCUCGCCGGCACCCUCUCGGGGCCCGUCUCCCGCCCCCCCCUCUCCGUCAUCCCUCUCGGCCUCCUUUUCGACAUCGGUAAACCGGUCGGCUGCCACCGGGGAGGGGGACUCUUUGGCGCCUGCGGCACCGCUGGCCGCUUCAGCCGUCCAAACUACCUCGCUCUCGUCGUCCCUCACAACUGUACGCACCUCCUCGGCUCGGUUCACCUUUUCACGAUCGACAUCGGAGAACAAUGAGGCCCGGCCCUCUGCGCCGCAGGCCAGCCAUCGGGUCGAUUUGCAGCAACUCGGCCUGUCAGAGGAGUCGCUGCUUUUCCUCCAGCAGAACAUGCCGUGAACGCCAAUAUAUGCCCCCACCUGUACAUGAAUGCGCAUGCACACACGCACACACA